CGUGCGCUGCGUGCGUUUACGUCCGGGUUGGGACACAAAUGGCACUUUUUAAUUUAGAAGUUAAGCACCGGUACAAACCUGGAACUAUUUGCAUACUUUCAGGUUUUAUCGUUACCGUAUAAAAGUAUUCUUCGUUAGUACUUCUGUUCAAACUUUUUUUUCCUGUCAGAAGUGAUGAAAUAAGGUGUAAUUGUACAAUAAAAUGGUAAAAUAUGAACACUAACGCUAAUCACAACACACUAUGAGCUUAUGACUGACGUAAAAAGAAGCGUGAAGAUGCAUUUACGGCAGAUAUUUCCGUAAAACCGUGGUUUGAAACUAGGGCGUUCCGUUUUCCCACGAAGAGUAGGAAGGUAGUGGGCGUGGCUCCGCACAGAGGAAGAUGCCAGAGAAAGGAAGAAAUCACCAAAGGAGUGAUGUGUACCCAGAGGAGAGGAACCGAGACCGGUACUACUCACGCAACGUAGAACACUCUACGUAUGAUAACAGAGAUCGACACCACAAGUCAAGAGACGUGGACAGGAGUCGAGAAGAAAGGGAGGAGAGAGGUUCUGCUGAUGACAGGAGGGUCAAACAAAACAGACAGAGGGACAUGACAAGCACCUCUCACCAUGAGUCACCUGCUUAUAGAGACCACAGUCAUGAAGCACCCUCCAGACUGUCCAGAGAAACAUCAGUUUAUCACUCUGAAGGGCAGUAUUAUGAGAGACAACACAAAGAAGCUCUUUACAAUCUCAGAUACAUCUUAACCUCAAGAGGCCUCUGCCAGCUUAUGGAGCUGUUUGUAAAUCUGCUUAUUGUCAUCUGUGCCGGUGUGCCGCACAGCAACAACGGGGGUUACCGUGACCUGGCCAGCCUCGGAGGAAUUUACUAUUAUCAUUUCGGAGGAGCAAGUGCCUUCAGUGGAACAGAGGCGGACCGGGUGAAAGAGCUGGACCAGCUGUUCCAUCAACUUAAGCGGCCUCCGUACGUCUUCACCAUGGCUUGUGCCGGGUGUUUAAUGAUCUACGCCUGCGUGAUGUUCGCUCUGGGGAUUUUCCGAGUGCCGUACCGCUGGCCUCCUGUGCUGCUGGGGGAGGCUCUGAUAAACCUCCUCAUCGGCCUCGGCUACAUCCCUGCUCUGGCCUUCUUCUUUAUUAAAGUGCAGGACACCUACAAUAAUCCCAUAUGUACGGAGCGAGAGCAGCUCUAUAAGAGCAAGGGGCAUAAAGGCUUUGAGUGCCAGUUUCACGGAGCUGAUAUUGCAGCAGGUCUCUUCGGGGUUCUGGGGUUCUUUGUUUUUAUCUUUGGUGCAGUGUUGGCUGUCAGAGCUUUCAGAGCAGUACGAGAGCUAAAGAGGCAAAGGAGGAAUGAGGAAAACAGUUUGUGAAAGUAUAUUUUCCUCUUUGACAUAUAUGAACAAAACAGGAUUGAUUAGAAAUAUAUGUGAAAUUAAAUAAAGAAGCUUCUUGUUAUAUUCGUUUUAACUGUAUUAAUUGUCAAAUGUGAUCUGUGAAGUGACUUUUUUCAUCAGUGUUUUUUAAGUUCUGUCAUUUUCCAAGUUUACAGACAUUCAUAUCUGUUACAUAUUCUACAAAUGUUUACUUCUAAAGAUAACCUAUAUGAAGUGAACCAUAUAAAGAUUUUUUUCACCUUUUUUUAAUACAGAAAAAUGAUUAUGGGAUAAAAUGCAAAUAA